UAUGGCUGAAGGAAUUAAUGCAGAAUUACCAUUGCCUCCGAGAUGGUUACGUUGCCCCCGGAAGGGAAACUUAAUAGAUGACCUCUUCUUACCGAUGAAAACCCCUUUGGAUGAAAGAUAUGAUGAUCAGGUUCCUGAAGAAUAUCGUUUUAAUUUAAGGAUGAUUUUUAAUUCCAUGAAGCAGAUGAAAAGGAAAAUGGGAAUUUUACUAGACUUGACAUUCACUACAAGAUUUUAUGAUUCGAAAAAAGUGAGAGAAGAACUUGACUGUGGAUAUAUUAAAAUCAAAUGCAGAGGACAUGGUCAAGCACCAACAAUUGAAGAAACGGAGGCUUUUAUGACAGCUGUUGAUUCAGUUGUAACCAAUCGACCUAAUGAAGUCAUUGGUGUACAUUGCACACACGGAUUUAACAGAACUGGAUUUUUGAUUGUUUGUUAUUUAAUUGAUAAAAGGGAUUGGGAUUUGGAAGCAGCAUUGUCCCUUUUCAUUGAGAAUAGAAGUCCUGGAAUAUAUAAGCAAGACUACAUCAAUGAGUUAUAUAAACGGUAUUAUCCAGAAGAAACACCUCCAAACGCUCCCAGUCUUCCCGAUUGGCAUGUUGAAUUUGAUGAUAACGAUAGGGAUGAUGAUGGAAAACCAAUUGCUUCAAGAAAAAAAAACAGAGGACAAAACCGGAAAGACAAUGCUGUUUUUGUUGAAGGCUUAGAUAUUCCGCAAGUUGAACAAUUUAAAGAUUAUGAGCAAGUAUCAAGAUUGCAAAACGAGGUUAAAAUAAUAUGCAGUUAUGAGAGGAAUGGGUUUGCUGGAGCCCAGCCUGUAUCUAUGGAUAGACAAAAUAUUAGUCUUUUGGGUGAAAAACGAUACAAAGUCAGCUGGAAAGCUGAUGGAGUUAGAUAUUUAAUGUACAUAAAAGGGAAAGAACAAAUUUUUAUGUUCGAUAGAGAUAACACUGUCUUUAAAGUAAAUAAUUUAACUUUUCCGAGAAGAAAAUUUCCUGAAGACUCUGUAUUUGAUACUCUUGUGGAUGGUGAACUAGUUGUGGAUCAGCAUGAAGGUCAGAAAAUUCCACGUUUUCUCAUUUACGACAUCGUGCAAUUUGAGUCAAAACCAGUUGGAAGAUGCGAUUUUGGGCGGCGUGAAAUUUGUAUUCAAAGGGAACUUAUAGGUCCCAGGACGGUUGCCAUGGAGGAGAGACGAAUAAUUCGAGAAAGUGAACCUUUCGGAAUAAGAAUCAAAGAAUUUCAUGAUAUUACGUACGCCGAAAGAUUCUUCAGAGAAGAAUUUACUAAAGCAGUAGCACACGAAACGGAUGGUUUAAUAUUUCAGCCUUUUGAAUGGGUCUAUAAAGGUGGUCGAACGCAUCUUAUCUUAAAAUGGAAACCCCCAGAAUUGAACUCUGUUGAUUUUCUUCUUAAAAUUGUUGUUGAAAAGAGAGAAGGUUGUCCUCCUGAAAAAACUGCUCAUUUAUUCGUUGGAGGUCUACAUCCACCAUUUUGCAGCAUGAAAUGUCCGAAAGAAUUUCGUGAAUAUAACAACAAAAUCAUAGAAUGUACCUGGGAAGUGUUAGAUCGUGGAGGAGGUAAAUGGAAAUUUCUUAGAGAGAGAAAAGAUAAAUCCUUCCCUAAUAGCUACGAAACUGCCACUGGUGAAUAG